ACGCAGCCGCGCGCGCACGGCGGGCACCGGGGGCCGGUACGGCCGGGGAGCGGGGCGGGGCCUCCGGGCCGUCCCGUUCCGUCCCCGCGGCUGAGCCCCGCCCCGCCGGGCGCUGAGCGAGCGCUCCGCCCCGACAGGAGCCGGCCGGCAUCCGGCAUGGCGAGCGAGGAGCCGGACGAGCCGAGUCCCGAGGAGUUCGUGUACGGGGAGGAGGACUUCGUCCUGCAGGGAGCCGGCUGGGGGGCCGAGCCAGGCUCCGCGCCCUCCCGCUUCGACCGGGCGCUGCUAGAGGGCUGGGACGACCGGAUGGAGCGGGGCCUGUUCCGGUACCGGCUGGGGCCGCUCCCCACCCGCGUUCUGCCCGGCCCCAUGCGGCUGGUGGCCCAGCUCAACGUGCAGCGCGGCACCGAGCGCCGCCCGCCGCAGCCCGUCUGCAGCCUCCGGCAGCCCUUCGACCCCGCAGCCUUCAACUUCACCCGCCUGCGCCCCGGCGAGCUGCUGCUCCGGCUGCGCAGGGCGGGGGACGCGCCCGGCCCCGCGGCCCCCGAGCCGCUGCUGGUGGCGAUCAACGCCAGCCCGCUGGAGCGCGGCCACGUCCUGCUGCUGCCGGCCCCGGCGCGGCGGCUGCCGCAGGCGCUGACGGCCCCGGCGCUGCACGGGGGGCUGGAGGCCGCGCUGCUCAGCGCCCACCCUGGCUUCUGCGUGGGCUUCAACGGGCUGGGCGGCUGCGCCUCGGUUAACCACCUGCACUUGCACGGGCUCUACCUGCCGCGCCCGCUGCCGGUGAAGGCGGCGCCGGCCCAGCCGCUCUGCCCGCGGCUCGGUCUGCUGUGGGCCGGCCCCGCGCCCGCCUUCCUCUUCUACGCCGCCGGCCCCGCCGAGCUGGGGCUGCUGGCCCAGGACGUGUGCCGGGCGGCGGAACACCUGACGGACACCGGGCUGGCCUACAACGUGCUGGCCACGCGGGGCAACCCGCCGGAGGGGGCGGCGGGGGCCGGCUGGGGGCUGCGGGUGCUGCUGUGGGCGCGCAAGCCCAGCUUCGGUGCCAAGAACGGCGCCGCCUUCAACGUGGCGUUGUGCGAGCUGGCGGGGUACCUGCCGGUGGCGGCGGAGCCGGCCUUCUGGGACCUCACCGAGACCGACGCCGUGCGCGCCAUCCGCGAGCACCUCCUCCCGGAAAUGCAGCUGCUGCGCCUCGGCGAGGACCUGGCGCGGCUGCUGGCGGGCUGAGCGGCGCCGCGGCCGCUACCCGCACCGGGACCGGCGGAGCCGCUCUGCUUGGCACCGCCGGCAUCUCUAUGGCCGGUGUGAGGACGGAGCGGCUAUGGCCCCGCCCCCUCGCGUGUUCGGGGCGGCUGGUCGCCAUGGCAACGGAGCGGCACCGGGAGCGGCCGCGAUGGAGGCGGGCGGCGGCGGGGGGGGGGCGGCCCCGGGAGCCCCCCCGGGCGGGGAGGGGGCCGCCGCAGAACCCCCGGGCCAGCCUGUUACUCCCAGCGACCCCCCUGAGCCGCGGAAGAGGCGGAGGAAGCGCAGGCGAGUGCGGGGGCGGCCGUUGUGCCCGUGUUCCGGGGGGUCUCUCUGCCGGUAGCGGGGGUCGGCGCCGCCGGAGCCCCCACAGACCCUGCUCACACCCCCGAGCCGUGCUCGCUCCCGGGACACGGCAAGUGCGGCCCCGGGCGAUGUUCGGCCGCUGCCCUCAGCCCCGGGGGGCAUCACAGGGACGUUCUGGAUCAGAAAAUAAACGCUCUUUGCCCUGA